GGGAUGAGCUGCUCUGGGCCUCGAUGCCAUGAUGGGUGAGAAUGUGACAUACGCCGACCUGCUGUUCUCCAAGCCCGCCCUGGGACAUGGUGCGACCCCCCAGGUGCAGGGGGCAGCCAUGCACGAGGUUGACAGCGCCUACGAGAACCUGCAUCUGGGCGCAGUGGGCGAGGGGCCGGCCGGGCAUGGGGCCCAGCAGCGCAGAGAGCCCCGGUGGAGCGCGUGGCCCCUGCCCCUGGCUCUGCUGGCAGCCUGUCUGGCCCUGCUGGCCACCACCAUCGCCCUGGGGGUCUGCUACUGGCAGGAGAGGCAGCGCCUGCAGCAGGCAUCCCAUGCCCAUGCGGCCGAGCGCGAUGGCCUGUGGCAGCAGGCGGAUGCCCAGGAGCAGCAGCUGGGGCAGGCCCAGGAGAGGCUGGCACAGACCCAAGCAGAGCUGGCAUGGGAGAGGGAGAAGGGAAACCGCAGCCAGAUGGAGCUGGGGGAGACCACGGCGGACCUGGAGCAGGCGCAGAAGCUGGCCUGGGACCUACAGCAGCAGCUGAACAAGACUGCAAGAGCCCUGGCCACUGCAAGGUCCUGCCAAGUCACAGGCUGCUGCCCGGAGACCUGGGUGCUGCACUGUGGGAAGUGCCUGUUCCUCUCCAAGGAGAAGAAGUCCUGGAAGGACAGCAAAGCGUGGUGUGAACAGGAAUCCUCCAAACUCCUCAUCCUACGUGGCCGGGAGUGGGACCAGACGAAGAUGCCGAGCUUCCUCACCACCACUAACGCUGUGUACUGGAUUGGGCUCCAGUAUAAGGGCACCUGGGGCCAGUGGUCUUGGAUCGACGGGACUCCGCACCCAAAAGAGCAGAACAUUCCAGGUUUUGGUUCUUAUGGAGUAAUUGAAGAGGGAAGCAUAAAGAGAGCAGGCAUGUGGAAUAUGGAAUACCGCUGGAUCUGUGAGAAGCCGGCCAGCUGCCCCUGGUGAGCUGCAGAGACCGUCCCCGGGUCAUGAAGACAGGAGGAUCCCUCCUGCUGCUCCAGCACGGCCGCACCUGGUGCGCUUCCCUCCGCGCUCCCAGCACGCAGCAUGGCCUGCUCUCCUGGCCCUGCCCUUGCCCAGCCACCUCCCGCCUCCGGCACCUGCAUCCUACCCGUCCUGCAGCUCAGACCCACGCGGGCUUCUUCGUGCAGGUGCAGCACACUGCAAACUCCUCUUGGGUCUGGGACCUCCCUGGACACCCAGGUCCUUCUCCAUAGCGCUGCCCCCAGCCGUGUCUCACCCACUCUAUGCCUGUGUCCGUGACUCUUCUUCCCGAGGGCAGCACCAUGCACUUGUCCGCACUGACCUGCAUCCCAUCAGCU